AUGGCAUCCAAUGACUCAGGCAGAAGCGAUAAUUCUGCUAGCAGUUCUAGUGGUGAAGAAGAUUACGGUGUCGUGAGGCUGCAAGGUUUUGCGCCAUAUCAAGACGAGCCACUCGCCAUUGCCGGGCAACCAACAUUUCAUUUCGAAGAAGAUAAAGACGGGAUUCCUCGCGCCGUUUUGGCUGCCAGGCAGGAACAACGAAUAAUUGUGGAAGAAUGGUGUUCCUGUGGAAAGUGUAAAGCGGAUCGUUUGGUUGGUGCCCUAGAAUUUCGUUGCUGCACAGAAGUUGCUGAAGCUAAUGGCAAAUUGACUUUUGAAGGUAGAGAGGACAUUUCAUGCAUAAUCCAACACGAAGAUUACACUGCAGUGACAAAUGAAGCCGUACUGACGAUGACUGGCCCCUUAUUGAAAGACAAGAAUGGUCGAAUAUACAAAAGAAAAGCAGGACAAAGCAAAAACCAAUAUUUGAGGGCAGUUGCAUAUCGUUGGGUAGUAAGGUGGAUUUUUGGUUAUCUGGGCUGGGACAACACAAGACCCCUUCCAGCAUGCAUCUACAACCAUAUAAGGGAAAAAUAUCAAGUAGCCGAAGCUAUAGGGUAUGCCUCUGCUCAAGAAAGGCAGUGACCUGCAAAAGGUAGGUACAUUCCAUACGUCACUGCAUGUUGUUAUUUUUAUAUAAUGGAAAAAGUUGCUGGAAACAGUAUAUAUAUAUAUAACAUUAUAAAUGAAAAAAACGCAAAAUAUUAGUCCGAUCAAUCAGAUGGAGGGGCAACUGUUGCCUCUGGACAGUGGUCUCUUGGAUGACCCAACUUUGGCUUUUUGCAUUUCUUACAAGAGGGUGGGGCUCUUGUCUUCUUUGGAAUGAUUGCAGGAGAAGCUGAUGACUGCAGCUCUUCUUGCUGUUCAACUAUAAACAUAAUUAGGUAGAAGUAGAAAUUUUGGGUUGCUUCAACAUUUCAUUGACAAGUAAUUGUCCUAGUGAACAAGAUAAAUUCACAGAGUUGAAACUUUACACAAAUGGCCCAUGCAGACUGUAACAAGGCAUACCUCAACAGCAAAUAUUAGCAUACUUCAAAAGCAAAAAAUUGAAUUGGAGACUGUAGGUGAGGUAAUCAGAACUUGCUCAGUCUACCCUGUUCAGUAUACUGCUUAAAUCAUGAAUUUUCCCCCCUGCAAGACUUCAUAGCCCUUUAACCCUGGUAAAAGAACAUUAAUUAAAAUCGGAAAUUGUGAUGAUGAUCAAAACCUACUUGUUGGAUAAUAUGGAGUCUGUAUAGACUUUCUUUCAUUUUGGUACUUGAUUGCAUCAGCUUUUGUACGUCGUUCUGUGAACUGACUUGUCAGUGACUCUGGGAUAUCUCUGGUAAAAUUCUCAAAUGCUUCUUUCAGGUCUUGUAUUGAUUUUGACAGCAUAAUGUCUUUGAUAUCGUUAACAUAACCUGUUAAGAGCAAAAAAUUAUCCUCAAACUUAAACCAAUCUUUAAAUUUUAUUUCGUAGAGCCUGUAAAGUCUACUGGGAAGAAAUCACUUAUAACAAUAAAUACAAAAGUGCCUUACUAUAAGUUGGAGGAAUGGCAACCACACGCACUACUUCUUCUCCAAGCUUGAACUUUGGGUAAAGCACAUUGUAGGAUAGUUCACCAUCAGUAGUCCUUUUUCUUUCCCUCUGAAUAUUUUCAUUGAAAUGCAUGGCAGCCAAUGCAUGUCUAAAAGUAUUAAAGAAAACAGAUAUUUUAUUGAUAGUGAACAAAUAGAAGUGAUUUCUCUUUGCUUACAUAGAAAAUCUUGCUUCUGUUGAGUGCUUCUGCCAUACCUGUACCUUUUGAUCCUCAUGUUUAAAAGUUUUCAGCAGGUAACAGAAAUGAAACAGGGGUGUAAUAUACCAUAUACAGUAGAUACAGCACCAAGUUGUAUCCAGAUGAACAUAAAUGUAAUAUAGCCACAGUCAGCUAUGUUUGUUUUAUCCAUUUCAAAUUGUAGUAGCUGCUUCCACAAAUCAACAGCUCAAAAUGCUGUAGCAAGCUUUUACAGUACAAGUUGAAAACAAAACAUAUACCUGCAAUUUGUUCCAAGCCAAGAAAAAUGGGUCAUCUUGGGAUGCCAGUGAUUCAGCAAGGAAUGGAAGCCCUCGAGGCAGCUUGUUUGGGCAUCUGAGGAUAGCUUUUCAAUAUCUUUUAAUAAGUUGCCAUUCAUCAAAAUUAGACCAAGCUUGUCAUGCUGUGGGGUUCCUUAACACAAAAAUAAACCCUUUGAGUUUAUUCAUAUACUUUGCAAAAUCGUUAAAAAUAAAUAGGGGGAGGGGGGAAGGAGUCAGGGGGGAAGGAAACUAAUUAAAAUUUUCAAAAUGUCAGAAAGCAAUCACUACUUCUAAUAUUUACUCAAAUCUGAAAUGCAGCAUUUCAAAGGCAAAAAAAUCAUCUACCAGAAAUUUCAUAUACACUAACAUAAAUUGAUACAAUUUUUCAACUUAGUAACAGUAACUGUUAAAUCAUUAUAUUUCAUUGAGUUAUCUUGAAUUUUGCAACUCUCAUAUAUACUGUUAUUUUUUGGUAUGAUAUGAUUAUGAUUGCAUCAGAUGUUGUUUUCUAUUCUUGGUUUCAAACCAUAAGAAUAAGUUUUUAGGCACAUGUUCUGCAGACUACUUUACAAUGAUAUAAAGUAUGCAAUUAAAGAGACAAACCUUUCGGUAUCCAGUCACGAGGCUCAAUUUCUUCAUGGGCACAAUUUUGGAAUAAGGGAUCUGGAUGGUCUGAAUGUUGAUCUGCAACAUGGUGCAUUAUCGACUUCCAUUUUGCAAUAAUCAGUUCUCCAAAGCCUUGUUUUGUGGAAACAGCACACCAAUACAAAUGGUUUCGAAUUCCUUUCAUCCAUGAUUUCAAAAUUUCAUUUCCCUUUUCUUGACUUGCUGCUAGGAGUCUCUUUGUUAUACUUUUAGAUACAUGCCAGAAGUCAUGGAAGUGCUUUGUCUCUGGCUCUGAUUCGCGGAUCCAUUUUGCUAUGCUUCUGUGUCUGUCACUGAUGAAAGAAGGUAUCUUCAAUCCAGCAUUCUUCAGAAAUUCAAAGCAUCUCUUUGCACCAAAUAAUUCCAUUGCAUUGGAACUCCCAGCUUGAUUGGCCUGAAAAUGGAAUAUUGCAACCAAGUUACUUAAUAUUCAAAGACUUUAAAGCUGUUCUUAUACCAAGUAUCUCUCAUCACUGUAUAUUCCUGAUAGGUAUAUUCUAUUUAUUUAUUUAUAGAAAGAAUGUAUAUCACCUGUACUACUUCAAAAUGGACAAUUUUUGAGAUGGAGUUGCAGAACAUUGUAUAAGCACCAUAUUUGGCAUUGUGCCCCAUCGAAUCAAAACGUCCAUCUCCUGACCAUUGGACAUCCUUCAGAUCCUUCACUUUUUCGAUUAAUGAUUUGCAUUGUUUGUUCCAUUGCAACAGUACAGAGGGAAAUAAAAACUUUCUUUGAUGAAGAAAAAAAGUACGCACUGAUAUUGCUAAUAAUCCCAUGUGUUUGAACAUAAGAAGAACUUGACUUAUGGAAACACCAGAUGUCAAAAUGGCAAAACUCAUCAUAAGAUUCCCUGCAGGAACUUUUCCAAACAGCAAUGGCUGACUCUUCCACCUGAACUCCUUGCCACAUUGCCUGCAAGACUGGGUAACAGUUGCCAUUGAGCCUGUUCGAUGUAUCUGAACAUUGGGCUUAUCUGCUUUACAGUUGAAACAGAACUGGUUGAAUAUUGCCAUCAGCAUACCAAAGAAGACAAUAAAUUUGGGCUCAUCAGUAGGCUUAGUCUCAGGGCUACAACUGAAAAGGAGAAUGAAGUGUCAGCAUUUCAUUCAAUAUAAUAAUGUGAACUUUAAUGUUGCUUUUGGUAAAAUUUUCAUUCAAGUAACAUAGUAUAAUGUUCAAAAACCGUUUUUUUGUUCUCUACCUUUUUCAGCAACUUUUACCCAGGAAUUAUGAAAAUUCAGCCCAACUAUCUGACCCCUCCCAGUCCACCUGCCCCUAUGAAUUUGGGUUUACCAUUAAGAGAAACCAAGAGUAGUUAAUUUCCUUUUCCCACUUUGUGUUGCUUCCACAGCCAUGUUUUUGCUUGGACAUGUAAUUUUUACACAGCGUAUAAUGUUUACUUACUCAACUCUGUUUUUUUUAUCAAAUUUUGCAUCAGUAUCAAGGACCUCUUCGUCUGAUGAAAAUUCAGUUUCUUCAUGGCUUGACCAGUCCGUAUCUGAUUCUUCAAAUUCAGUCUCGUCACGAGGUAAAAUAUCACUCAUCUCUGAAAAUGUUCUUUUUCUUGCUACACCUUCUUCAUCAUCAUCAUCAAAAUCAUCAUUGUCGUCAUAUUCAGUAAUCUGCAUAAUAAGUCAAAGUACAUUACAGCUGAUUAAACACUGUUUAUAUCAAUCUGGUUUAUAAGAAAAUUUGACAGUUAAAUAAAAACUUAAUAGUGCUAUGUCUCAAAAGUAGUGAGAAAUUUUUCAAGUUGAAUACUAAUGACUUUGUGGCAAUUAUGUUAUUGAACCCAACCUUAAAUUUAAAAAAAUAACUUUAGACCAGGAAUCACAAUAUUUACUUGGUCAGAAGGUCAUUCAGCUUUUUGAGCAAGUCUAGGAAGCAGCACCCCCUAGCUCCAUCCCUUCUGCCUGGGCCUUCUGAAACCCAUUUGACACAAUAUCUGAAUCAAAACUUACUUCCUGUUGGGCAUUGGCUUUCAAUUCAUCCCUUCUUUUCUUCAGGUUGUGAAUUCUCUUUUGUAAUUUAAGGAUUUUUUGUUGACGAACACCGCAUUUUUCACAAUUUUUUUCCCCAACCUCGCCAUCUUUUGCCGUGUUUCUUCCGCUUGGCAUUUCUUCUUCGGCACUUUCGUGGUCACUUGGUCCAUGCGAUUGUAAAAUAACGUCUCCUUCAACAACAUGGUCGUCCUGUCGCUUCUCUCGAAUCAUGUUCCGAAGAAUCUAUGUUCAAAGAUAACA